AUGCUGUCUUCCAACGCUGCCUUCACGGUGAUCAGCCCCUCCACGAUUGCUCCUCAAGUGCAUGUGGAGCCACAGGCCCCCAAGGCCAACACUGCAGGCGCGUGGGUCUCCAACAGCACCGGGAGUGCCUUGGCGGCUGCUGGCCUGGUGACUGCUGCCGGGCUUCGACGCAAGGCCCGUGGGGCUCGUGCCGCGAAGACCGGCCCUGUUGCCACCGGUUUGUCCAGCUCCGUUGGCAGUGAGACCUACUUCCGGGAUCAGCUGGUCGCCUGCCGCGCUCAGCUUGAUGGAGCGGAGGCGCCAAGCCUCCAGGAGACCGACCAGCACGUCCAAGACGUGCAGAACUUCGCAAAGCAGGCAUUGGCUGGAGCCGCUGCCGCCAUGGUCUUCACUUCGUCCAUGGAGUCUGCAGUCGCAUACCCCAUCUUCGCACAGCAGAAUUACGCCAACCCGCGAGAGUACACAGGCAAAAUCGUGUGCGCCAACUGCCACCUGGCGUCCAAGCCGAUCGAGGUGAGGAUUCCACAGGCCGUGUUGCCGGACACCGUCUUCAAGACUGAGGUGGAGAUCCCAGCUAAGUAUGCCAAGCGCCGCCAGCCCAUUGCAGAUGGCUCCAAGGCGCCCAUGAACAUCGGCGCCAUCGCCGUGAUGCCGGAGGGAUGGAAGUUGGCUCCCAAGGAUCGUCUGCCGAAGCCGCUGAAGAAGGAGAUGAAGGGCCUCGCCUGGCAGGCCUACAGCAAGGAGUACCCCAACAUCGUGGUCGCAGGACCCGUGCCCGGCGAGACCUACGAGAAGAUGGUGCUGCCGGUCCUAGCACCGGAUCCCAACACCAACGACAAGGUGCUCUUCGGCAAGGGUAUCUUCUACUUCGGCGGCAACCGUGGUCGAGGCCAGGUCUACCCCGAGGGCAACCAGAGCAACAACAACCAGUUCUUCGCCAACGCAACAGGCACCGUGAGCGCUGUUGAUGGCUUGAAGGUGACGAUCACCACCCCGUCCGGUGAGGCGAAGACCGUCGAGUGCUUGCCCGGUGCCGACAUUGUGGUUCAGGUUGGUGAUGAAGUCGAGAAGGAUGAGCCGAUCACCACCAACCCCAACGUCGGGGGCUUCGGACAGGAGGAGAAGGAGUGCAUCCUUCAGGACAUGAAUCGCGUCUAUGCCUACUGCGCGUUUGCCUUCUCCUGCUUCAUUGCUCAGCUGUCUUUCGUCCUCAAGAAGAAGCAGUUCGAGAAGGUGCAGCUGGCAGAAGGAAAGAAUUUCCGAGACGAGACAUUGCCGGAGAUUACCGGGAAGACUCAAGCGCCCUCGUUGCGAGUGCUGGACAUUCCCGAAGAUGAAGACUUGCUGAAUGUGGCCCUGUGGGAAGAGAAAGCCACCAAGCAGUGGUGCAAGUUUGACAUCACCGCGAGCUCCUCAGCUUCAGCUCGAGGAAUGGAGUUCCUUUUGUUCCUCCUUUGA